UGAACCUCUACGUUGAACUUCAUUGUCUCGAUCGUUACAGAUCUACCUCGUCCCCUUGCUGUAUCUCACACAGCUUCUCGCGCUCAGACGCGACCUGCAUAUUGAGCAGACUCUCACUGCUAUGCACGACAAGUCCCAGGCAUGGCUAUCCCUGGGCGCAACCGGUGUCACCCUUUUGAAGUACCGGGACAUCUUCCGCACGCGCAGGGCCCAUCGCGACACGUGGUAUCAGGACUUAGCGUCACUGGCGAGCAUUGUGUUUGUCUUUCUGUACCUCAUAGGCGGCUUGGUGUUGGCGAUCAUUGCGCCCGAUUUGAUCACCGCAGGACCUGUGAUAGGAAACGAAAACAGCUUUGAGAAGCUGACUUCCGCUCUACCUGGCAUCGGACAAGACAUCAAUAAGUGAGUGACACGAA